AUGGUGGACAAUAUAGGGGCAGCAGCAACCAGCAAAACAACUACAACUUACAAAUGUAAACUAAAUGUAAAUAAUACAAGGACAACAACCAAAUUACAGUCGUACGUUAAUAAAUAUAAAAGCAGCUACAACUAUAAUAACAACAAAAGAAGAUAUUUUAGUAAAUGUACAUGUUGCACACACAUUUGGAAGAGUAUACGCAGUAGCUGCCACAGCAGCCGUAAAUGUAGUAGUGAUGGUAAUUGUUGCGAUUGUAGUUGUAGUAGAAAAAAGAUAAGCUUAAUAGUAAAAAAUAUAGUGACAUUGUUAUUACCCCAAACAACACAAAUAAAAACAGCACUAGCAGCAACAAAAUUAGCACAUGCAACAACAACAACAACAAUAACAUCAACAACUAAUAGAAAAUACGCCACAAAUAAUGAUCACAAACGAAAAAAAGUUCAAUUACAUUUAAAACAGCAACAAAAAAUGCAACAUGGACAGCAGCAGCAGCAGCUUAAAUAUUUAUAUGCUCUAGGGAAAUGUGUUAUAAAAACAAAAACAAUAGCACAAAAACAAGAACAAACUGAAAAUGAAGCACAAACCCCAACAACACAACAUCAACUACAAAACCCUUGUUCUAUAACAACAACAGCAACAACAUCCAUACUCUCAACACCAAAAGCAGCAGCAGCUUCCCCAUCAUACCCCACUUUUUCUACCAUAUUACACAACUGCAAGCAUUUAACAGCAUCCGCAUCCUCAAACUCCUUAAACCACUCUGACUCCUGCUCGAUGCCGCCGUCAUCAUCAUCAUCAUCAGCAUUCUCCACAUGGUAUAGUUUAACUAGCCGGGCUCCAGCUUUCAGAAUUCUCAAUGAAUUGUAUGGUGUGAUAUUUAUGACUCUACUGGUGCUUAGCAUAUGCCACAAUAACGUACUUGAAACUUCCGCCGCAUCAGUUAAAGUAUCAAGAAGAGACGUUGUGGCAAGUUCGGCGGCAGCAGAACAAGUAAUAAUGCCAAGUAGUGCGGCUGGUAGGUUAAAUGAGAGGCACUACAAGCGACAACACCCGCCAGAACAAAUAUCACAGCAACAACUACAACAACCGUUACCACAAGUACACAAUCAUCAUCAGCCGCAGCAGUCUUAUUCGAGUCGAGAAGUAGAACAACUACAACAUCAACAAGCACUGGAGAAUGAAAUGGAGGAGGACAAGAGCAAUCAUAUUUUUCAACCUCAAAUUCAAACAGAAUCUUUGCCAUUUUACCAGCAACACGAACGAGACCAGCAGCAACAACAACAACAUCACCAAACCAAACACCACCAGCAACAGAGGCAGCACUUAACAACUCAAGCAACAUCCUUUAGUCAUGGAAUGGCACUUGAAACCACGUAUAAUCACACCUUUCAAAGUCUCUCAAUCAUUGAUGGCGACCUAACAGUGGCCGUUGCUACCAGUCAAAAUCUUAUGGCUGUUGAGGAGGAAAUGCUUGUAGCUGCUGCCGGUGGUGCGGUCGGUGUGGGCAGCAAUGCCUUUGGUCUAGGCAAUCAUCUUCAUCUGCAUAACAAUAAUAAUGGUUUGGGAUCUUAUGACUCUGCUGCCAUGGGGCUAGAUGGCAUCGAUGUGCUGGCACAUAAUACCGACACAAAUUCAAUGCCAAUCUUUGACUAUGGUAUGCCACGUAAUAUAACAGCACGCACUGGUCAUACGGAGGCGAUAAUUAAAUGUCGUGUUGCUAGGCUGGAUGAUAAAUCGGUUUCCUGGAUACGUAAACGUGAUCUGCAUAUAUUGACUGUCGGCACAGCCACUUACACGUCCGACAAACGAUUUCAGGUGACAGAAUCAAAAGAUUCCCGUGAAUGGACUCUACAUGUGAAAUCACCGCAAGCACGUGACAGCGGCAUUUAUGAGUGUCAAGUGAAUACGGAACCAAAAAUUUCGAUGGCAUUUCAACUUAAUGUUAUCGAAAUAUCACCUGAUGCCAAGGCUGAUAUAACCGGGCCAGCUGAUUUACAUUUUAAAGUUGGCAGUGCAAUUAUACUCACAUGUAUUGUGCACCAGCCGUCGAUUAAGGAUAUUGGUCCCAUCUAUUGGUAUCGUGGUGAAUACAUGAUAACGCCAUUCGACAUAAAUGACGAAGCGCCAGCAUUGCAAAUGGCAGGUGUUACUACUCCCAAACCAACAGCCCCAAAUAAAGUUAAUGUUGUGGAACCAAAUUAUGAGCAGCAGCAGAAGCAGAAUGAGGGCAUUUAUGGUGGCGCUACAGAUGCUGAACAAAUACCACAAAUCUUAACAAACGAAAUAACACCAGAUUUUGCUCAACGCAUUGCCAUGGAAUCACAAUUGGGUGAUACAAUGAAAUCAAGACUACGCAUUUCCAAUGCCCAAACAUCGGAUACUGGUAACUACACCUGUCAACCCACCACAGCCAGCAGUGCCAGUGUUAUGGUACAUGUGAUUAAUGAUGAAAGUCCAGCUGCCAUGCAAAAGAGUGGAGCAAACAGUUUUCAUAACAAACGCACUGAAACAUUACUGAUGCCUUUGAUUUGUGCCACCAUUGUUGUCGCUGUGGCAGCAGCUACAGCAUCUAUAUUAAACCUAAUAUGUGGUAAUGAAGGAGUUGGAGAAGGAGGUGGUGGUGGUGCUGAUGCUGAUGAUGUUGGUUACUGCUGCUGGUUGUCAUCAACAACAACAUCACUACUGGUAAGGACACAAACAACAAAAGUAAUAAGAAGAAAAUCUUGUAUUAUGUUAACUUGCCUACGCUGUCAUGUGAUCUCUAAAAAUAUGCUGGAAGGCAUAAUAGAUUUAAUACGAAAACAGCACCAGCAACAACAACAACUACUACUCCUACAUAAUAAUCUGCCACCUCGGAAAAUUCACAUACACAUUGCCACUUACAAUAACAAUAACAAUAACAAUAUACAACAACUUAUGCAAAGUGAUGAUUAUGUUGUUGUCUACGGGGCUAAUGUUGUUUUUGUUGCUGUCGUUGUUUAUAGAAAUUGCACAAGUAGUGCAAGUGAUGCCAUCUCUUGUAAGGCUGCUGCCACUACAUGUUGUAUUUCUAUGUCUAUUACUGAUGGUGAUACUGCUGGAGCUGGUUGUACUGUCAGUUGUUAUUGUUUGGGGCAGACAUCAGAAACAGAAAUAUCAGUAACAGCUAAAUUAAACAAUCAACAACAGCAACAUUGUCGUUAUCAUAAACAUCAUCGUUAUCACUAUCAAGACAACAACAGCAACAUUUUGGAACAUACACACACUGAAAAGUUCCUUUAA